CUCUCUCUCUCUCUCUCUCUCUCUCUCUCCAUUUUUCUAAUAAUGAAUGCCAACAGAGAGGAGUCGACAGAGGCAGGAGGCAGUCCAGCUCAAAAUUUCCCCAUUUCCGCAACCGUUACUUGGUCCCCGCAUCAACUGCGGGCGAACACUAGAUGCUCAUUUAGAUUUGCUCGCCAAACUCGCUUCACCGACGCGAAUCCUGACUACCCCUUCGCCCGAUCCGGAGAGAGCGACGCCGGCGGCCUGCUUUCUUGCAGUUUCUGCGAUGCAGUUGACAUACAGAUGUCUGCCGAACGUGUGGUGGACUUCCUUUAG